AUGUCUGCAAAAGCAAUCCCAUCUGAAUGGGACUUAACACCUGAUGAAAUAAAAUUAAUACAAAAACGUGCACAAUUACGUCUUACAACUAAAGCAGAAUUUCUUAAACGUUAUAGAAAUCCAUUUUAUGCAAGUGUACCUGGACAUUUUGUUGAUCCACAAAAUAUUCGUCUUUAUGCAUAUCAACAAAAUAGUUAUCGUUAUUUAUAUACAUCACCAAGAAUACUUCUUGCACCAGCACUUUUUCUUCUUGUUGGAGGUUUAUUACAAUAUUUUGCACAAAAAAGACGUAUUCAAUAUAACAAGGAUUGUAAUGCAGGAAAAAUUCCAUAUGCUGAACGACCAGAUUUUAAAGCGUAUUUUUGA